AUGAUAGAUGCUGCAAUUGCAUUCACCCGUGAGGGUCUGAUUCUAUGGUGUCAAAUAUACGAUUCACUCGAUUUAAAAGCUAUAAAUAAGCUCAUUCAAGAUUACUUACUAUCAGAAAAAUCGAAUCUAGAUACCGUUUAUUUUGACGGGAUAUAUUAUCGAUGGUCCAUGAUAAACGAAUACAAUAUUAUAUUUGUUUUAUCUCACCGUGCAUUAUUGCCUUCUGAUAAAACCAAGUUAUUUAUCAACGAUAUCACCAGAUCUUUCAAAAAAUAUAUUAAACGAAGGGUAACUUCCAAAACUUUAUUAAUAUUGGAAUCAAGUGAAUUUGAAGAUUUUUCAAAUGAAUUCACUAAGAUAAUUUCAAAUUCUAACAGAUUAACAUCAAAUAUAACCGGCGUAAAUAAGUCCCAAACUGCUAAAUCCGAAACAAAUAAUUUGGAUAAAAACGAUAUUGAGGGUAAGGGAAAGAAAGGCAAAGAGAAGAGAAGUUGGUCUUACAAGGAUAAAAUAUCCAGAAAGGAUAUAGAUGCCUUAGAUUUUUCAGAAAAGGUCCAAUCUGACAAUGGACAGAUGGGUCAAGCAAUCAAUACAUCCCAGUAUAUAGAUUCGGAGAGCGAUGAUUCGUAUUGUGAAGAAAAAGAGUCAAUAUUUACCAGAUAUUAUAGAAAGGUGGCUGAUUCUUUACAGUCUUACAUGGGCAAUAAAACUCUCACUAUUGAAGACGUUGAUAAGGCAAUGGUGGAACUCAAGUCUUUAUUAGCUAGUAGAAAUGUAUCCACUGACGUGUGUGAAAUGUUAUGCGAGUCUGUAAAGAAGGGUUUGAUUGGGAAAACUACUAAAAGAUUUGUGAGUGUAAAUAAAGCUAUAAAUGAUGCUUUAUGCAACGCUGUGACACAAGUACUAACAUAUUCCGGUACAAUUGACAUUUUUGCUGAGGCAACGAGACAUAAAAAUCAAAAUUUGCUAUAUACAAUAGCGUUUUGUGGUGUAAAUGGAGUAGGAAAGUCUACUACAUUGGCCAAAGUUUGCUAUUUUCUCAAGAACAAAGGAUUUAAAGUGUUACUGGCUGCAUGUGAUACUUUCAGAUCUGGAGCAGUGGAACAGCUAAAAAUCCAUGCUAAUUGUCUAAAUGUCGAAGUUUUUGAUAGGGGUUAUGGAAAAAAUCCAGAUGAAAUUGCUAAAUCAGCCAUAUCAUAUGCGGAACAGAAUAGUUACGAUGUUGUAUUGAUUGAUACGGCUGGUAGGAUGCAAGACAACGAACCACUAAUGAAAUCUUUGGCUAAGCUGGUACAUGUUAAUAACCCGAGUAGGAUAUUUUUUGUUGGAGAAGCACUGGUAGGUAACGAUGGCGUGGAUCAAUUGGAAAAGUUUAACAACUGCUUUAAACACUCAAAGAGGGGAAUAGAUGGGAUAAUUCUGACAAAAUUCGAUACUGUAGAUAACAAAGUUGGAGCGGCACUUUCCAUGAGUUACAUAGCAGGGAAGCCGAUUGUAUUCGUGGGAACUGGGCAAAACUACAAUAACUUGAGACCCUUAAAUUCGGCGUCUGUCGUUAAAUCUCUUACAUCAUAA